AUGGGCACCGCGGCGGCGACGAAGGGCGUCAGGGGCGCGAGAGCGACGCCCUGGGCGGCCGCGCUCGAGAAGGGCGUGGAGGGAUGGAGCUCCUUCACGGAGACGGGCAGCGGGGAGGACAUCAGGACGGAGGAUGGGAGCCGCGAGGUCGUGGACAGCGCGAGGGUUCGCGCCGGCGCCGCGGCGGCCAGCGCGGGCGCGCCGGCUGCCGACGGUCCCGUCGCGGCCAGAUCCGGCGGUGACGGCAAGUCCGCGGACGCCAAGUCCGGCGGCGGCACCGGCGCCGCGGCCGCGAGCGGCGCCGACGGCAAGGCCCCGAGCGGCGGCGGCGACGCGACCGUCGCCGCGAAGAGGGACGCGAAGGAUCCGAACAAUCCCGCCGGCAAGCGACCCGCGCUGGAUCAGGGCUGGAGGCUCUACCGCCGCGACGUCGAGUGGCAGUGCCGGUGGCUCGAGCUCCGCAUGGUGGAGAUCGACGGCCACGUGGACAGGUACCAGCGCAUGCUCGACGGCAUCGAACGCGCCAAGCGGCGCGGGGGCGACGACGACGGAGUCGAAGCCGCCGAAAAAACGACGACGACGUCCGGCGAACCCGAGACGACCGCCCUCACCGACGGCGUAGCCACGCGCAUGAAGCGCAGGCGCCAACACCAGGGCGACACCCCGCCGCCCAACCCCGUCCUGGGCACCCACCCGCUCCUCGUCGCCGACGACGACGCCAUGUUUGGUUUCGGCACGGCGCGUACGACUGAUCAAAAACCGGAGAAGCUCACCGCCGCGCAGAGGAAGCGGCGCAAGAAGGAGGCGGCCGCGCAGGCUGCCCUCGCGGACAAGUUGGCCAACAAGAGCGGAAGCGGCACCGGCAGCGACAGCGACCUCUCCACCGCCGCGCUCUACGAGCAGAUUGAGGUUUUGCAGCAGAGGGUCACGGCGCUGCACGCCAGGCUGGGCCAGCCCGCCCCCGAGUUGAACGGCACCGGCUCAGUCGUGGCGAUCAGGAACAACCGCGGCGCCGCCAUGGGCGCCUUUGGCGGAUUCGCUCGAGAGCCCAUAAAGCCCCCCGUCGAGAAGCUCAAGAGCAGGAGGGACGAUUUCGACAUCAACAACGUCGUCGGCGCCAACGAGGGGGCCAAAUUCGUCGAGCGAGCGCAGCACGUCGACAUCUGCACCCCCGGCGUUCGCCCGGCGCCCACGUACGCCAUGGCCCCGAUCAACGACCAGCGCGGCUCGGCGAGGGCGGAGAAGGCCAAGGCGCAGGCGGAAGCCGCGGCGGCGGCGGCCAUCGUCGCGGGCGAGGGGGGCAACGCGGCGGCUGUCGCGGAGGCGAGAACCGCGGGGCUUCCCGACGGCGCCCUCGACGACGACGACUGCCUCUCGGAGGAUACCAGCGACGAGGCGUACGUCCACCGCCACGCGCACCUGGAGGUGGCGGAGCGCAAGGCUCGCACGCUGCCGGAUAAGAGGGACAAGCGGGACAAGGACAGGAACGCCGGGGGCGGCCACGGGGGCGCGACGGGGGCGGCGAGGGCGGAUGACGCAGACUCGGGUGACGGGUCGAACAAGCGGAGGAAGGGCGGGGGUAGCGGGAGCGCGAGCCCACCGACGCCCCCCGCGGUUUUAGCGGAGCCCGCGGUGGUGGCGGAGGACGACGGCGAGCCGGAGCUGAACUCCGCGGCGCUCGUGGGGUGAGACGAUGUUCCUCGCGUGUAGCAUUUUGGAGCGCACCUUUGUGACGAUACAUACGCGCGAGACGUGU